AUGAUCCUGCCCAUGAUGGCAUAUUAUCCAACCCUCUACACCCAAACUCAAUGUCUGGGGGGGGGGGGGGGGGGGGGGGGGGGGGGGGGGGGGGGAGGAUGGCUAUUCUACCCACAGACCCAGAACCUCCCCACACGCCCUGUCUCCCAGCAAACCCAGCCACAGUUCAGUGAACGCACGUCCAGCCUUCUGACGCCCGCCUGCCCUCAGGAACCAAUGACCCCUGACUACUGCAGCAACUCCCAUCCCCCGUAUCAGCCCCCCAAAGCCCCUGCCCGUCUGUCCCGUCCAGUACCUUCCUUAAUGUCUCGCCGCACAAUCCCAUGCCUGUCUGAAGAACCAGUCACUGACGUCCCUAGAACCAAGACCUGCCGUCUCCCCCGACCUUGA